GCCGCCAUGAUGCAGUCGCACAUGCUGUCGCCGGCGAGGCUGGAGAUGACCGUCUCGUCACCGUCGCUCCCACCCAACCAGUCUCCGGCGAACCCCACCUCCUCGCCGCCGCAAGCCAACCCGUCCUCGAGCGCUGCCCCAGUCACAUCCGGAGCCGCGGCGCCAACCCUAACCACCUCGGCGUCACUACUGCCGCUCUUGCCGCCGCUCCCGCGCGCUCAGUCGCUGCUCCACCUCAUGUCCUCCCACGCCUCCAACCUCUUCGAGGUAUCACCCAACCGCGCCGGUUGGAUCUCAUCCUACCGGGGGUCGCUCCCCAACUUCCUCGCGUCGGCGUCGGAUUCCGCGGCGCCUCCGGUCUCCACCACCAAGGAGGCAAUGUCGAUGCUCACCUCGCUCCAGACGCAGCUCUUCGAGACCGUCGCCGAGCUGAAGGAGACCCUCGACCUGCAGGACGAGCGCGCCCGCCUCGCCCGCGACGCGCGCGCCAAGGACGCUGUGCUCCUCGCCUUCGCCAAGAAGCUGCGCGACGCCCACCACGUGCUCGACCGCCUCGUAGACGACUAUGCAGACUACCGCCGCGAUGCCAAGCGCCCACGCGGUGCCGCUGCGGUCGACGCGUCAACGGAGGAGUUCCGAGCGUCCCUCAACUCCAAGCUCAAGUUGGAUGACAUCCUGACCUAUGCACAUCGCAUAAGCUACACGACCUUUGCGCCGCCGGAGCAUGGUGCUGGGCUGCCUCUGCGUGGCGCACUGCCGCCUGCGCCGCAGGAUAACGAGAUGCGGAUGUCGCAGCUGUAUCAGUUUGCUGAUUUGGAUGUUGGGGUGCCCAAGAAGCUUAUGGAAUCGAAGGAGGGGGGCACGGCCAAAACAGAUUCUGCCCCGCUGUUUGUGCCACCGCCCGACGAGCCUCGGCCAUCUGUGCUCCCAAUUACUGUACCAGCCGCCUGGCCGAAAGGGUUGCCUAAAGAUCUGCUUCCUGAGAUUCCAGCGCCGCCUCCUGGAUGGAAGCCUGGGGACCCGAUCGAGCUACUGUUAGGUGGGAUUUUGCCUGGUGUUAAGCCUGAGGAACCACGGCCAGUUUGGGUGCAACCAAUGGUGCCAAUGGGCCAAGGUCAGCCAAUAAUGGUGGCUCCUGUGAGCCUUGACAUCAAUAGCUCUACUAGUAGCGAUGAGUACAGUAGUGAUGUCGGGAGCUCAGACGAAGACGAUGAGGAUUAAUGCUUUCGCUUCAGCUCUGAACUUGUAAUUGUUUGCUUGCGUAGUGCCGGGAAAGGCUUUUUGAUUGAUAUCUUCCAGGCUUAUGGGCAUCUUAUUGAAUCUGCUUCCUACUUUUACA